AAGAAAUGUCGGUUAAUUUUGCGUGACUGCAAAGUCGCCGUCUCCCGAAGGUUGUCCGAAGACUGCAAUUCUUUUAACUUUUGCCUCUUUCUCUAAUUUACCUCUGCAAGUUAACUCAUUUCAAACUUUCAAUAUUCAAAGAUGUCUCGUAUCCCUCUACCAACUCCACGUCCAACGGUGAAGACGAACCUUGCGCCUCCUUCUCGCUCACGCGCUCCGUCGCCGUCUAAGCCUUCUGCUAGCGCAUCUUCCCCUCGCGCAAGGACAAAGUCUGUUCCCAAAUCUCCGUCCAAGGCCCUCCGCAAGCCACCGCCCGUCGAAGACGAGCCACCCGUUCCAAAAACACCACUGAGCAUCAAAGAAGUCAUCGCUCUAAAACGAGCCGAAGCCAGGAAGGCUGUAUCUACUUCUUCAGCAGGCCUCGGCACUAGCGCAAGUUUUGGUGAUUUUGAGAACCUCGAAGAUGCAGAUCCGAUCGCAGCGAAGAAGAAAGAAGAAGAGGCACCCGAAUUGGGGAGGUGGUCGGUGAAAGAGACCAUCGAGCGUGCUCGAAGCACAGGUUCCAUCAAUUUGUCCUCUCGCUCUCUACCAUGCAUUCCUUCUGCCUUGUUUGACAUUCAUCUGGGAGUUACUGCUGAUCCAUUGAGGUCGGUUCCUUCAGAGCCGCCUAUAUCGUCCUCCACGGAUGCUUUAACUUUGUCUAAACGGGUUGGCCAACGAGAAGGUCCGGCGUGGUUUGAAGCCCAGGACUUGCAUGUACUCAAAGCAUGGAACAACGAAAUUGUUGAAAUACAGCAUGAAAUCUCUCUCUUUGGAUCACUGAAGACGGUAGAUUUGCAUCAAAACAAGAUCACUCGUCUACCUGAUACCUUUGCCGACCUUACGGCAUUAACUACCCUAGAUCUUUCUCAUAAUUCCCUCACUGCUUUGCCUUCAAACAUCUUCGCCUUGCCCAAUCUCACGGUCAUGAACCUGUCCCAUAACACCCUUAGCGAGCUCUCCUUUGGUGCCCCGUUCUCUAAGUCUUCCUCACGCAAUGCGCGAAAUGACACCUUCAGUUCGGGGGGCUUCUUUGGUCCUGUUAUCACAAGAGCCUCAUCGCCAUUGCCCCGCCUUUCCAUCCUGGACGCGUCUCACAAUAAACUCACCGCUUCCAGCAUAGACCAUGCCAAUCUGCCUCCUUUGAUAUCCAAGGCUGACUUUUCUGCGAAUCCUCUGGCUUCGGGAGACUCUAACCCUGCAUUUAUUCGAGCCCUGAGUCGCUUGGGACAUCUCAAGGAGCUUCGUUGUGAAACUGCCGACAUCGGGGAUGAUGCCUUUCCCAGCAAUUUAUCUACUUCGGAGGGUUAUUGUUUCGCUCGGCUGCGGAUCCUUGACCUGGGGGAAACUCGGGCUACUAUGGAAGGCUUACAAUCUGCGUUAUCUGGGUUGAAGCAAGAUAUUACGUAUGAUUUUACUACUGAGGAGCCACCGGAAGGCACUCUGCGAGUGUCGGUCGGUAAAAAGGUCGUUCGGGAAGCUUGGGAGAUAGAGGCGGAGAGAAGGGUGAAGAACCGUGUAUCUAGGAAUGCGGCAAGUACGGAAAGCGCUGGUGGACCCAGCAAAACCGACGUAAGCCAAAAUAACGCGGAAGUCGUCAAGGAGACUUGGGAGAUCGAGGCAGAGCAGGGUUUGUUAACGGAGGGUGGACGACGACGAGCAAGAGCGGCAGCAGCAACGUCUGCAGUAAAUACUAAUACUGCUGCAGUUCCGAAGCCCAGUUCUCUUAUCGGACGCGGACGCCCGCCCACGCCUGUUAGCACCUCGCAAUCGUUAUCGACCGCAAGUCUAACCAACCCGCAAUACUACCACGCUUCCACUCAAACACUCACUUUACCCCCGCUCUCAGCUCCAACAAAGUGUCAUGCUCGAUCAUUCUCUCUAGCAACAUUCUCGAAUUCACCGUCCUCUCAAGGCAAAACAGAUAUCGCCCUGCCCACACCGUCACUCCCCCUCGCCGCCAUAUCAGCCCAGUCAUUCGCCCAGACGCUCAAGAUUCUCACCUUAAGCAACCGCAAAUUUGAUCUUUGCGUUUCUCUCCCAACCACCGGCGACGCCCUACUUCCAAACCUGGAGGAACUCGUUCUAGAUGGGUGUGGAUUCGGCGAUCAAGUCUCCGUGACACGUCGAGCCGACACAGGGUCCACCACUCCUCCUCGCUCCAACGAUGCACUUUUGCAUUUAUUAACGCGCUUUCAAGAUGUCAUAUCCUCCCUCAUCCUAGCCGACGCCUCCAAUUCCCGCAAAGGCCUCAGGCAUCUCAGACUCCGCGGCAACCAGAUCAACGAGCUCGACGGCUUCCAGGGCAUCGCAGAGCUUUUCAGAGGUAAUCGUUCGGUGCCCGAUUGGAAAUUGGAGGAAUUAGACCUCAGAGACAAUGAGGUUUCCAAGCUUCCUGCAGAACUCGGUCUUCUGCCUCUGGAAGUCUUUUUGGUGGAUGGGAACUUGUUCCGGAUACCACAGAGGAGGGUUUGGGAGAGGGAGGGGACGAGGGGCCUUUUAAGCUGGCUGAGAGGUCGCUUGGAAUAAUACCCUCGCUGAUGCUGACUCGUUGCAUUGGUUGAAAUGCGAUGAUAUUUUCUUACUGACUUCAAA